AUGAUCCCGAACGAGGAGACCUCAGGCCGGAAGAAGGAGAUAGAGGAAAAGCUGAAACAGGAGGAAGAAAUGUUGACAUUCAUCAAAGAGAGUCUAGAUAAGAGUGAUCAGCUAACCAAUAACAUGGUGUCCAUCCUUUCAUCCUUCGAGAGCCGAUUAAUGAAGUUGGAGAAUUCUAUCAUCCCCGUGCACAAGCAGACAGAGACACUGCAGCGCCUUCAGGAAAAUGUGGAGAGUACCCUUUCCUGUCUGGACCACGUCAUUAGCUACUACCAUGUAGCCACGGAGACUGAGAGGGUUAUCCGAGAGGGGCCAUCAGGACGACUAGAAGAAUACCUAAGCUGCAUUGCCAAGAUUCAGAAAGCAGUGGAAUAUUUUCAAGAUAACAAUCCUGACAGCCCAGAGUUAAACAGAGUGAAGUCGCUGUUUGAAAGAGGAAAGGAAUCCUUAGAUGCUGAGUUCCGUAACCUCCUUCAGAGACACAGUAAACCAGUCCCUCCUAUUCUCAUCUUGGACCUCAUUGGUACAGAUGAAGAGAUAGAAGGACAAGAGGAGGGAAUUCUAGAGCAUCUUCCAGAAGGGAUCUUACAGGACAUCAUACGCAUCUCUCAAUGGUUGGUAGAGUAUGGCAGAAACCAAGACUUCAUGAAUGUAUACUACCAGAUUCGCUCCAGCCAACUGGAUCGUUCAAUAAAGGGACUGAAAGAACAUUUCCGAAAGAACAGUGCAACUCCAGGAGUCCCCUAUUCUCCCAUUGUGCCAAGCAAGAAGAAGGAUACCCCCACCAAGAAACCAGCCAAAAGGCCAGGAACUAUCCGCAAAGCUCAGAAUCUUCUCAAACAGUACUCACAGCACGGGCUUGAUGGGAAAAAGGGAGGGGCCAACCUUGGAGCCCUUGAAGGGAAGGAAGAUGUACUUGAUCUUGAGAUUGAUACUUACAUGUACUGUAUCAGUGCUUUUGUGCGACUUGCACAGAGUGAAUACCAGCUACUUAUGGACAUCAUCCCUGAACAUCAUCAAAAGAAGACUUUUGAUUCUCUCAUCCAGGAGACCCUGGAUAACCUCAUGCUGGAGGGAGAAAACAUUGUCUUAGCUGCAAAGAAAGCUAACUCCAGGCAUGACUUCACCUCUGUUUUGAGCAUCUUCCCUAUAUUAAGGCACCUGAAGCUCCUCAAGCCUGAGUUCGACAAAGUUUUGCAGGGUACGGCUGCUAGCACCAAGAACAAACUUCCAAAUCUUAUAAACUCUAUAGAGACAACAGGAGCCAAAGCUCUAGAAGAUUUUGCAGACAGUAUUAAGAAUGAUCCUGAUAAGGAGAACAGCAUGUCCAAAGAUGGUACGGUGCACGAAUUGACCAGUAAUGCCAUCCUUUUCCUACAACAGUUACUUGAGUUCCAGGAGACAGCAGGAGCCAUGCUGGCCUCACAAGUUCUUGGGGACACUUACAAUAUUCCUAUUGAUCCCAGAGAGAGCAGUUCCACUGCCAGCAGCUACAGCACUGAAUUUAGCCGACGUCUCCUCAGUACUUAUAUCUGUAAAGUCCUAGGAAACCUGCAGCUCAAACUACUGUCUAAGUCCAAGAUGUACGAGGAUCUGGCCCUGGGAGCUAUUUUCCUGCACAACAACGAUAACUACAUCCUCAAGUCUCUGGAGAAGUCAGAGCUCAUGCAGUUGGUGUCUGUGACCCAGAAGAACCCUGACAAUGUAUACCGGGAACACAUAAAACAACAGAUCGAGACAUACCAAAGAAGGUUGUUUUUUUUCACAGAUCCACUUUAA